GGGGCGGGGCCGAGGCCGCUCGCUGGGACCGCCCAGCCUCUGCGCGGUGAGGCUCUCAGCGCUGCAACUAGCAGAACCCUGCUAGCUCAAAUGUAAUUUCAGAUUGGACAAGUGGAGGGACCACAAUGCCUGGUGGAGAUCAGGAACCAGCGAGCUACUACGUGGGUGUAGAUGUUGGAACAGGCAGUGUCCGCGCAGCUCUGGUGGACCAGAGGGGCGUCCUUCUGGCUUUCGCAGACCAGCCAAUUAAGAAGUGGGAGCCUCAGUUCAACCACCAUGAGCAGUCAUCUGAGGACAUCUGGGCCGCGUGCUGUGUCGUCACAAAGGAAGUUGUACAAGGGAUUGAUUUAACCCAAAUUCGAGGGCUUGGGUUUGAUGCCACGUGUUCUCUGGUUGUUUUGGAUGAGCAGUUUCAUCCUUUACCAGUAAACAAUGAAGGGGAUUCCCAUCGAAAUGUCAUCAUGUGGCUGGACCACCGGGCGGUCAGUCAGGUCCAAAGGAUCAAUGAAACCCAGCACAGUGUCCUGCAGCAUGUCGGGGGUGCGAUGUCUGUGGAAAUGCAGGCUCCUAAGCUUCUGUGGCUGAAAGAGAACUUAAGAGAGACUUGCUGGGAUAAGGCGGGACAUUUCUUUGAUCUCCCAGACUUCUUAUCGUGGAAGGCAACAGGUGUCACAGCACGGUCUCUCUGCUCCCUGGUGUGUAAAUGGACAUACUCGGCAGAGAAAGGCUGGGAUGACAGUUUCUGGAAGAUGAUUGGUUUGGAAGACUUUGUUGCAGAAAAUUACAGCAGAAUAGGAAACCAAGUACUGCCUCCUGGAGCUGCGCUUGGAAAUGGGCUUACACCAGACGCAGCAAAGGACCUUGGCCUUCCGGCUGGGAUUGCAGUGGCAGCCUCACUUAUUGAUGCCCACGCGGGAGGACUAGGAGUGAUUGGAGCAGAUGUGAGGGGGCAUGGCCUUGCCUGUGAGGGACAGCCAAUGACAUCAAGGCUGGCUGUCAUCUGUGGAACAUCUUCUUGUCACAUGGUGAUUAGCAAAGACCCAAUUUUUGUACCAGGUGUCUGGGGCCCUUAUUUCUCAGCCAUGGUCCCUGGGUUCUGGCUGAAUGAAGGCGGUCAAAGUGUUACUGGAAAACUGAUAGACCACAUGGUGCAGGGCCAUGCUGCCUUCCCUGAACUACAGGCCAAGGCCACAGCCAGAUGCCAAAGUGUAUAUGCAUAUUUGAACAGUCACCUGGAUCUGAUUAAGAAGACUCAGCCUGUGGGUUUCCUAACUGUUGAUUUACAUGUUUGGCCAGAUUUCCAUGGCAACCGGUCUCCCUUAGCCGAUCCAACACUAAAGGGUAUGGUCACCGGGUUGAAACUGUCUCAGGACCUCGAUGAUCUUGCCAUUCUCUACCUGGCCACAGUUCAAGCCAUUGCUUUUGGGACCCGCCUGAUUAUAGAGGCCAUGGAAGCAGAAGGCCAUACUAUCAGCACUCUUUUCCUGUGUGGAGGCCUAAGCAAGAAUCCCCUUUUCGUGCAAAUGCAUGCAGACAUUACUGGCGUGACUGUGGUCCUGUCGCAAGAGGUGGAGUCUGUUCUAGUGGGCGCUGCUAUCCUGGGUGCCUGUGCCUCGGGAGAUUUCGCUUCUGUUCAGGAGGCAAUGGCCAGAAUGAGCAAAGUUGGGAAAGUUGUGUUUCCCAGACUUGAGGAUAAAAGCUCACACCAAAGCUCCCUUAGGAUGACUUUAGAGCACCCCAGAAUCUACCAAGAUGUGCUAAAGCGGCUCCAUCAGCCCCUCACCUCGUGUCAGCAACCCCAGACCAAGAGGAGCAAGGAUGACGUUGCAAGCCUUCAAGCUGAAUUUGUCUGAGCUGCUAUUAUCCCUUUGGGAUUGGGCUUCCCUUCUAUCAUCUGACUGAUGGCCAACACCAAGUUCUGAUCGGCCUCCCGGAUGAGUCAGCCUGCAAAGGAAAUAUAGGUGUGGAACCCGCAACGGGUGAUUAAAAUGUCCAAGCUCAUCCCUGGUCAGGCUGUGGUUUUAAAUCAGUCAUCAAACCUGGGGCUGGUCGUCUAUGAAAUAUUCACUGAAGUUGGGAAUGGGAAAGGUUGUGUAUUAAGCCUGGGCCUUCUAGUACAUGACGGUGGAGGCUUUGAAGUCAGACCUGAGUUUGUUUUCCAGCCCUGCUGAAUUUUAGCUCUCCCAUGGCUUUUGCUCAGAUAAUAACACCCCUUGUAGGUUAGAAAUAAUAGAUGUGAAUUGUGCUUACCCAUUGCUCAGGAUGCUCCAUAAAUAUUCCAAAAAGAGGAGGUGUCUACAAAACCAUAAAAGAUAUAGUCCAGUUUUUCUAAAUGUAAGGGGAAGCUGUGUAACAGUUUUAUCCGAGAUCAU